AUGAACGGCUACGGCUCCCCGUACCUGUACAUGGGCGGUCCGGUGGCUCAGCCGGCCCGGGCGCCCCUGCAGCGGACGCCCAAGUGCGCGCGCUGCCGCAACCACGGCGUGCUGUCCUGGCUGAAGGGCCACAAGCGCUACUGCCGCUUCAAGGACUGCACCUGCGAGAAGUGCAUCCUGAUCAUCGAGCGGCAGCGCGUCAUGGCCGCCCAGGUGGCGCUGCGCCGCCAGCAGGCCAACGAGAGCCUCGAGAGCCUGCUCCCCGACACGCUGCGCGCUCUGCCUGCCGGCGCCGCGACGCCCGCCUCGGCCGGCUCCACGCCGCCGGGGCACCCCGGAGCAGCACCCGCCGCCGCAGCUACUGCCCCCGGCCCAGCGGAGGGCCCCGCCGGCGCCUCGCAUCGCCCUCCGGUGGAGCUGGCUGCCGCGGCCGCCCUGAGGUGGGCUUCGGAGCAGCCCGCCGCCGUCCUCCCGCCGCCGCUCCCCAAACCAGACAUGACAGAAGAGCGAUUGGGUGAUGUCAGUGGAGGAGACAGUACUGAGACCUACAGUGACAAAGACACAGACCAAAGGAGUUCCCCAGAAGUGACCAAGACCAAGAACAGCUUCACUCCUGAGAGCCCUGAAAUAGUUUCCGUUGAUGAAGGUGGUUAUGCGGUCCAGAAAAACAGUGGGAGCACUGACAGCAGACCUGAGAGCCCUAAGUAUCAACCGGAGCAGAACCAUUUCUUGAUCGAAGGUCCAUCAGGGACAGUUUCUCUGCCGUUUGGCUUAAAAGCCAAUCGGCCACCCCUUGAAGUGUUAAAAAAAAUAUUCCCUAACCAAAAGCCAACUGUGCUUGAGUUAAUCUUGAAAGGCUGCGGGGGUGACCUGGUGAGUGCUGUUGAGGUUCUUCUGUCAAGCAGAUCCUCUAUAGGUGGAGGAGACAGAACUGCAGAAUCAGAAGGCCUGGUUUUGCCUUCAAAUGGGCACCUCUUUGAACACACUCUGAGUUCCUACCCUAUUUCCUCUUCAAAAUGGUCCGUAGGAUCUGCUUUUCGAGUCCCAGAUACACUGAGGUUUUCUGCUGAUACUAGUAAUGUUGUACCAAAUCCAUUGGCUGUUCCAUUACAGCAUCCCUUCCCACAGCCCCCCCGGUAUCCACUGAUGUUGAGGAAUACUCUGGCAAGGAACCAGUCCAGUCCAUUUCUACCCAAUGAUGUUACUUUGUGGAACACCAUGACCCUUCAGCAGCAGUAUCAGUUGAGGUCUCAGUAUGUCAGCCCUUUCUCUGCUAACUCUGCUACUGUCUUCCGAAGUUCUCCUGUCCUUCCUACACGCCCAUCAGAGGAUCCUAGAAUCUCACUUCAAGAUGAUGGAUGUCCAAUUGUGACAAAGCAACCUAUUUAUACAGAAGAUGACUAUGAUGAAAGAUCGGAUUCCUCAGAUUCUAGAAUACUAAACACAUCUUCAUGA